CUGGGUGGUGGGUGCGAGCUGGCCAUGAUGUGCGACAUCAUCUAUGCUGGGGAGAAGGCGCAGUUUGGGCAACCUGAAAUCCUGCUGGGGACUAUCCCAGGUGCUGGAGGAACGCAGAGGUUGACCAGGGCGGUGGGGAAGUCGCUGGCAAUGGAGAUGGUCCUUACUGGGGACCGGAUUUCAGCAGCAGAGGCUAAGGAAGCAGGUCUGGUCAGCAAAGUCUUCCCUGUGGAGAAGCUGCUGGAUGCAGCUAUUGCCUGUGCUGAGAAGAUUGCCAGCAACUCCAAGCUGGUGGCUGCCAUGGCGAAGGAGUCGGUCAAUGCCGCCUUUGAGACGACGCUGGCAGAGGGGACCAGGACAGAGAAGCGGCUUUUCUACGCUACCUUUGCCACCGGUGACCGCAAGGAGGGGAUGACGGCGUUUGUGGAGAAGCGUAAGGCAAACUUCACUGACAGCUAA